AUGAAGAUGAUCCUGGUGCGCAGGUUUCGCGUGCUCAUCCUCGUGGUGUUCUUGCUGGCCUGUGCCUUGCACAUAGCUCUGGACCUGCUGCCCAAGCUGGACCGGCGCGCCGCGCGACCCUCCGGGGAGCCGGGAUGCUCCUGCGCUCAGCCGGCGGCAGAGGCGGCGGCCCCGGGCUGGGCCGAGGCGCGGAGCCGCCCCGGGGAGUCCGCCGCUGGCGACGGAGGCUGGCCCAACAAGCACACGCUACGCAUCCUGCAAGACUUCAGCUCUGACCCAGCCUCCAACCUCACGUCCCAUUCGCUGGAGAAACUGCCGCCUGCCGCCGAGCCCCCGGAGCACGCCCCACGCCUGGGUCAGGAGCCCGGCUCCCCGCCACCCCGAGACCACGCGCACCGGCCGCUGCUUCGAGACCCUGGGCCCCGGCCGCCCGCUCCGCCCCCUGGUCCCAGCAGGGACAGCUCGCUCUUAGCCAGACUGUUUGAGCACCCGCUUUACCAGGGAACUGUGCCACCCCUGACCGAGGACGACGUUCUGUUUAACGUGAACAGCGACAUCAGGUUUAACCCCAAGGCAGCAGAGAACCCAGACUGGCCACAUGAAGAUGCUCAGGGUGCAGAAUUCCUGCCCACCGGAGAAGCAGCCGUGGACCUCUAUCCCAACUGGCUCAAAUUCCACAUUGGCAUCAACCGAUAUGAACUAUAUUCCAGACACAACCCAGCCAUUGAGGCUCUGUUGCAGGACCUCGGUUCUCAGAAGAUCACCAGCGUAGCCAUGAAGUCGGGGGGCACACAGCUGAAGCUCAUCAUGACCUUCCAGAAUUAUGGACAAGCACUGUUCAAACCUAUGAAGCAAACGAGGGAGCAGGAGACACCCCCGGACUUUUUUUAUUUCUCUGACUAUGAGAGGCAUAAUGCAGAGAUUGCUGCCUUUCACCUGGACAGGAUCCUGGACUUCCGUCGAGUCCCUCCGGUGGCUGGUAGAAUGGUCAAUAUGACCAAGGAGAUCCGGGACGUCACACGAGACAAGAAGCUAUGGAGGACCUUCUUUGUCUCUCCAGCCAACAACAUCUGCUUCUAUGGGGAGUGUUCCUACUACUGCUCCACAGAGCACGCCCUGUGUGGGAGGCCCGACCAGAUCGAGGGCUCACUGGCUGCCUUCCUGCCUGACCUGUCCCUGGCCAAGAGGAAGACGUGGCGGAACCCCUGGCGCCGCUCCUACCACAAGCGCAAGAAGGCGGAGUGGGAAGUGGACCCUGAUUACUGUGAAGAAGUGAAGCAGACACCACCCUACGACAGCGGCCACCGCAUCCUAGACAUCAUGGACAUGACCAUCUUUGAUUUCCUCAUGGGGAACAUGGAUAGACAUCACUACGAGACCUUCGAGAAGUUUGGGAACGAGACAUUCAUCAUACACUUGGACAACGGGCGUGGGUUUGGGAAAUACUCACAUGACGAACUUUCUAUUCUAGCUCCUCUUCAUCAGUGCUGCAGGAUCCGGAGGUCCACCCACCUGCGGCUGCAGCUGCUGGCAAGGGAGGAGUACAAACUGAGCCGACUGAUGGCCGAGUCCCUGCAACAGGACAAGGUGGCGCCUGUUCUCUACCAGCUGCACCUGGAGGCCCUGGACCGAAGGCUGCGCAUCGUGCUGCAGGCCGUGCGGGACUGCGUAGAGAAGGAUGGGCUGCGCAGCGUGGUGGAGGAUGACCUGGAGGCUGAGCACAGAGUCACCACGGAGAGGUAGUGACCUCGCUGCCCACGAGGAAGGAGGAGCACAUGGCUUCACACAUCACCUGUGGACUCUGAAUUUAGAGAUGGGUCAUCCCCACAGAAUGGCCUUUGGCAGGGUGCAUGAGGUUUCCCUCAUGACUCCAGUGGGGAUGUGUGGGCCUCUAGGUCCCGCACAGGCCGAACAAGGUGCCAUGGAUACCCAGAAGAAUGGCCAGUGGGAAGAGCUCCAUCCUUCCUCUGGGGAGGAAUCUUUAGUCACUGUUUUGUACUUAACCUAAGGCUCACACUCCUGUAAACAGAGAGCCACCUACACAGACCAGAGAUCACCUCAGGGGAGGACCUGCUAUGAUGUGCCCAUACCCUGGGUCUCAGCUCUCAAACGCUGGAGAGCCCAUCAGCUGGGGAGACGCCGAUGGAUGUCAAGGCCUACACGUGGACAAAUGGGCACCUGAGCAUCGGAUUCAGAUAAAAACUACCAGCUACCAACUUGUCCACCGCUAUGCGGUGGCCAGACCUUACUGGUUGGCGGCAGGCACUGCCCACCUCAGCUUCUCAGUUCUGGACAGUGACCAUCAAGGCACUGUACUGGGCCUAUGGCCCCAGGGCAGCAGGCUAACCUUGCAGCAUUUUUUUGUGGAGUAGUUUGCAGAGAGGUAACCCUGCAAUAAAGAUACAGCAAGCUGUGUCAUGGCUGUCUAGAGCAGGGCGCUGGCUCCCUGGCUCAGUUACUUUCCCAGACAGCAAGGUCUAGAACCCAACAUGGCCAAGCUGGGCUCUUACAGCAUCUGGGUGGCCUGGGUCUGAGGCCUGCUGGAGCUGUGGAGAGAGCUACCUGUACAGCCUUGGGGUAAACAGGCUAGGUGAGGCCUAUGCUCUCUAAGGGGAGGGCUAAUUGAGAGGACAGGAGAGCUGCCAAGAUCUGUCCUAGGUGUCCCCUACGAGGCUCUGAGCCACAAGUCCCCCAGAAGAGGCAUUCAUACAGUCCUGUGUAAGGCUACAACAUACCUGAGCAGAAGCUACAAAGGUGGUUACCUAGGGGCCCACUGGGAGCUACCGAUUCUUCCACUGCUGGCCCCAGGACUCAGACUCCCUCAGAGAUCUCCUGAAGGGUCCCCCUCCUUCCAGAAUGUGGUGAUGGCUGGCCAGGGGCCAGACCUCUGCCAGGGAGCAGGGUCCAGGAGAGGAUCCUGGGGACAGUUCACCACAGACUCUGCUGAGUCACAGGAAGUUGAAACCCAGGCCUGCUCCUAUUCCUGCUCCUUCCCAGCUGUCACCCUGUCACUUGCUACCGCCCCCGCCCCCACCAAGGGGAGCUGAGUGGUAUGAGCAGUUGCAUUAAGAUCCAGCAGGUGACCAGUGAAAUCCCCACUGUCCUCUGAAGCAAUAAUACAAAACUAGAUUUGUCUUCCUCCCUUUAAAAAAA